GUGAAUGUAAUCGCGGCUGUCGCCACUAGAUGUCGCUGUAACUAAAGACAAACUGACUGAGGUUGGUGACUGUGGCGACUCUAUGAUGGUGCGAUUCCACGUGUGACAACUUCCUGCUGCCUGUGAUGUGCUGUGCCCUAUAAUGAAACGAAAUUACAAGCCAGAAGGAAGAAGACAUAGAAGACGUAAUUGGCAGAGAGGAUAUUCACGCUGGCAGAAUAAUGAGAGGUAUAGGUUAGAAGCGGCAUCCGGCUCUACCAACUCCAGCACCUCAGCAGGUUCUUCUGGCUCGGCUCAAUCCUCUUCAGUGCCUGAACUUCCAGGUUUUUACUAUGAUCCUGAAAAGAAUAGAUAUUUCCGCCUGCUACCUGGACACAACAACUGUAACCCACUGACAAAGGAGGAGAUAGUGAAGAAAGAAAUGGAGAAGAAGAGGCUGCUACAUCUUGAAGAAGAAAAAAAAAGGAAGAAAUCGAGCAGACCUGGAUUAAACGCCUCAUUGCUUCUUCAAAAACAACAGCUUGGAUUGCUGCCCUCUACAACCUACUGCAGACGAUUUCAUGAGUUAAAAGUGGGCUGUAUGGAGAGGAAGGAGGUGUCUCUUGUUAAUCCUGAACCUAUUGGUGCCGGUACACACAACUAUGAAUUCAUUCUUGCUGACUCAGCAUGUGACAGGUUAUUCGUGGUGAAUGACGUGGAGAAUGGUUUUUGUAAAUAUGGCCUUCUGAACCUUAAUGGACUGUGGAAAGAUGUUCCUACAGUAGAGAGUCAUGAUCAUCCAUAUUUCACCAAUCAGAAGGUGGUUACUGCAUGUUGGGCCUCAAUGAAUGCACCAGACUCUCAUGUUCUAGUUUGUCUUCUUGGAAAACCAGAGGCCCCCGGCUGUGUCAGUCUUAUGCCAGCCUGGUAUUUUAGGAACAUGGCAGCAAACUAUGAUGAUGUUCGUCCAGAAGUGGUCUACAAUAUCAGAAUCUCUAAUGCCUGGACUUGUGCAUGGUGCCUUAACCCCUUAUUGGAAUGCUCUUUUGCAGCAGGUCUGCAGAAUCAAGUCCUGGUUCUGAACACUGUUACGAAUGUUCAGCACACUUACCGAACUGGCAGUGAUGUUCUGGCCCAACAAUUUGCCACACAGACCUUAUUGCUCUAUAACGGCUGUCGCUCUGGAGAAGUGUUCUCUAUAGAUCUUCGCGUUCCCUAUAUAUCACCCAAUAAGUGGAAGAAAGGGGUGUCCUUCUCACAAAGCUCCAGCAUUGCAUGUCUCCGUCUUCUCAAGGAUGAGAACUACAUGGUGGUGUCCGAUAUGUCUGGGCAGAUUAAGCUGUGGGAUCUGCGGAUGGUGAAGUAUGUGCAAAAAUAUGAAGGACAUGUUAACAGUUACGCUCACUUACCGGUGCAUGUGAAAGAUGAUGACGGGUUGCUGCUUGCAGUUGGACAAGAUUGCUAUACAAGGAUAUGGAACUUCCAGGAUGCUCAGCUUCUACGGACAAUCCCAUCGCCACAUCCAGCAUCCAAAGACUCUAUACCAAGCGUAGCAUUCUCAUCCUACCAAGGAGGGAGUAGACCGGUUCCUGGGUUACUUAUGGCUGUUAAAAAAGACUUGUAUCACUUUACUUAUGGCUCCAAUGACAAUUAAUAGACAUUGCAGUACUUGCUUAAUCCAAUUUACACCUACUUCAGUACAAACCUGAUACCUUCAGAAGCGCAUAUAUAUUUUAUCAACAUAAAACAUUCAUUUUUAAGUGGUUAACUGCUAUUUACAAAACCAGUUAUUAAAUAAAAUUAUAUAGAAUUUUAUU